GUAACAUCGGCGUUGAGAGAAUCUGGUCUCGAAUCAUCUAAUUUAAUUCUCGGUAUUGACUUCACAAAAAGCAAUGAAUGGACAGGAAGGCAUUCAUUUAGAAGGAAAUCUCUCCAUGCUCUUAGCAAGGCCCCUAAUCCAUAUGAGCAAGCCAUUUCUAUCCUUGGUCGUACUCUUUCUUCCUUUGAUGAGGACAACUUGAUACCUUGUUUUGGGUUCGGUGAUGCAUCCACUCGAGACCAACAUGUGUUCAGUUUUUUCGGCGAUCACCGUCCUUGUUGUGGUUUUGUGGAGGCCCUCGAGCGAUAUAGGCAGAUUGUUCCUCAUCUUAAUCUAUCAGGGCCAACCUCAUUUGCUCCAUUGAUUCAUGCAGCAAUCGAUAUUGUUGAGAGGAGUAAUGGACAAUACCAUGUGCUUGUAAUUAUUGCUGAUGGGCAGGUUACCAGAAACCCAGAUGUUCCAAGAGGGAGUUUCAGUCCUCAAGAACGUGCAACAAUGGAUGCUAUUGUCUUUGCAAGUCUCUAUCCUCUUUCAAUCAUUAUGGUUGGUGUGGGUGACGGGCCUUGGGAUGCGAUGCAGCACUUCGAUGAUAGCAUUCCUAGGAGAGAAUUUGAUAACUUUCAGUUCGUAAACUUCACUAAGAUCAUGUCAUCAAGCAUGGAAACAGAAAAGAUGGAGGCAGCCUUUGCCUUAGCUGCACUGAUGGAAAUUCCAUUUCAAUAUAAAGCAACUCAAGCCCUAAGACCUAUAAAACGAGGGCGAAUUGGUGCAUCAGUGGUUCUUCCUCCUCCCUCUCGAGUAAUUGAAAUGGAUGAUGCGGCAAACUUGGCUUCAACUAGCAGUAAUCCUUCAACAGAGCAGGACUGCCCGAUUUGCUUAACAAACCGCAAGGACAUGGCAUUUGGAUGUGGUCAUCUGACCUGCAAGAGCUGUGGUGCAGCAUUAACAAAAUGCCCAAUAUGCCGGGCGCCAAUAACGGUGCGUGUGAGGCUUUACGGCUGAUGAUUGAAUGAUGCGAUGCUGGAGAACGCUGCUAAAUUGUUGGUAUGAAUACUUAAAUGAUCAAUCAGUCUUGUGUAGCAUGUUUAUUUUUUAAUAAGCUUCUAACUCUAUGUAUCUUAUGUUUGCCUUUGGAAUUUGGAUCUCAUGGAUUCAUAAAUGAACCAUUCCUGUAGUACCUGGUGUAGAAAAAGCAGGAUUUGGUUUAUGGAAUCUCUCAGAAUUCCUUCCCAGCAUGUUAUUAUUUUUCAUUUUAUGUAUAUGAAACAGUUUGAAGUACAA